GAAAGGAGCUCCUCAGCAGCAGCAGCAGCAGCAGCAAAAGCUCCAGAGGAAGGCGAGAGAAGUCCAGAGAAAAGCUGUGUUAUGAGAAGCGUAUCGGCGGCGGAGGCAUUGAAAUCCUUGCUUUAAAAGAAGACACACCGCGUCUGGAAGUGGUAUUGACGCGUCUGAUCAGGAAGAGACACACAGAUAGACCAAGAGGAGCUUAUUGGAAGGCUGGAGAUGGCUGGACCUCGGUUUAUUUCCAACAGAACAUCCCAACAUGCUUUAUUGUCUAACUCUGAUUACACUUGGGAGUAUGAAUAUUAUGAAUAUGAGCCAGUUUCCUUUGAAGAUCUCAAGGCUCAUAAGUAUUCCAUUGUGAUUGGAUUUUGGGUUGGCCUUGCCGUCUUUGUCAUUUUCAUGUUUUUUGUACUGACCCUCUUAACAAAGACAGGAGCACCACACCAAGAGAAUACAGACUCUGCUGAGAAAAGGUUUUGCAUGAACAACUUUGUGGCUGAUUUUGGGCGACCGCUGGAUUCUGACAGGAUUUUUUCUCAGCAAGCUGCUGAAGAAUCCAGGUUGCUCUUCAAUUGCUACAUUAAUGAGUUUGAGAAGGUGGACAAAGCAAAACCAUGCCAUAAAGUGCCAGUUACAGACAGUAACAUCCACUUCCAGGAAGUAAUUCAUAAUAGGGUGAGACUGGAAGAGGAGCUGCAUUGCCACACCAAGUUCAACAUCCCCAACUUUGUGAACACUGACCAGAAUUCCUCUCUGGAAGAUGACUUGCUGAUUUCUGAGCCACCUAUAAUUUUAGAGAGCAAACCAGUUAGUCAUUGUUCCCAUCAAAUUCUUGACUGAAGAAACAUGAAUCUUGAAACUUGAAAAUCAGUCAGUCAAUCCACCACUGACCAAGCUACCCACCUACUCUUUUUAAAGCUGGGAUUCCUUCUGUUAUCGUAUCAUACCAUCUGGGAUCUAUAUUAAUAGAACAUGUUUCAUCUUCAGCUAUCAUCUUAUGAUUUUCUAUGGGUUUUCUGGGCUAUGAGGCCAUGUUCUGGAAGGGUUUAUUCCUGAUGUUUUGCCUGGAUCUGUGGCUGGCAUCUUCAGAGGGUGAAAGCCUUUGACUUCUCAUCUUAUGCUUCAGCUAAAAGAUUCUGUAGUCACAAAUGAACUAAAUGGGGAGAGGGAUUAAGAAACACAUCAUUCUCACCUUGCACCCUCAUUGCCCCCAAACAACCAACCGCCCCCCUCCAAUUUUGUGGGUCCCUGCAUCUACAAACCUCUGCACCUAUCCUGCUGAAACUUUACUAAUGUAUUCCUCAGUGACAUGUCAGUGCUGUUUUGUAUGUCUGUCAUGUCCAGGAAAAUGAUUACUGUAAUAAGGAAUCUAGGGUGAUGGAAGGCUGCUCUUGUACAAAGGUCCCUGAGCUAAUCACCUGAAAUUUGGGAUUUCUUCAGAAAAGAGGCGACUGUGCCUGCAAUCUCCCCCCCCCCCCGGUUUUGCCAAGAAAUCAAAAAUAUUUGUUGCAUUUAUUUCAUAAAAACAAACUUAGUCGAUCUGAAUGUUUGGCUUUCCAAAUCUUUCUUUGGAUUUUGUCCUCAAGACGUGGUGCAAAUUUGUCUGGAAAAAAAGUUGGCCAUUGUUUUUUGAAGUGCCAAAUCAUAGAUGGUGUUCAUUCUAACAUUCAGACCCACUCACUGUUCUCAUAUGUGAACUUGUUUUAGUUGCUAUCUUUCUUCUACUGAACAGGUAAAUGGAGCAAUGAAGUGAUGUGCUGAUAGGUUUCAGUGUGUUGCAUGUGUUUUGUUUUUUAAAACUAUCUUCUAAGUAAAAAUUAUU